AUGGAUAAUACAAAUAAAGAAAUAGAAACAGAUAAAACCCAUAUUAUAAUAAGAAAUAUUCAUGACUGUAAUAUUAAAAUUAAUAAUUAUAUUAAUAGUGAUGUUACAAUAGAAAAUAGUGAGAAUAUCACACUUGAAGGAGAAUAUGAACACUAUGGAAAUAUCAAAAUGGUUAAUUGUAAAAAUGAAUUAUAUAACACAAACCAAGAAAUUAAUUUAAAAAUUAGAUGUGCUAGAUCAAUAUCAUUUAAUAAAUGUGAGAAUAUUAAUUUUAAAAUUGAUAAAAUUAAAGAGCUAUUAGAAGUUAUUGAUAGUAAACUGGGUAUUGACGUACCAUCAUUAACUGAUAGAAGAACUAGUACUAAAAAGAAUGAAUGGUUCGAACUUAAAUUAACUGGACAAUUGAAGAAGGUUAAAAUGGAAGAGUGCAUUAGAAUUUAUAUUGAGAGUGACGUUAAAGGCAAGAAUUUAAAAUUAUACGAUGUCAUAAUAUGA